AUGGAGGCAAUAGGCGUCAAUGGAGGCGAGGAAGUGUCUCAGCAGACGGGGGAAAAACACUCUCUUGGGCUGUCUGAUACAACCCCUUUGAAGGCUCUUACAAAGCCCGAAACACUUGUUAGUAGUGGUGGCUCUGCUGCUGCUGCUGGAAGGGGUGAUAAUGCUGCUGCUGCUGCCGGAUUUCGCGAUGCUGCAGCUGGGGAGUCAGCAGCAGAGAGUGGUGUGGAGGCGGGGAAUGAUGCGUUGGAUAGCGAAGACAAUUUGUAUUCGGAGUUGGGCUGUACGUACACCUCAAUGUGCUUGUUUGUGGGACAGGAGGUGCGUAUACACCUGGUAGACUUGGUGCGAACCCGUCUCACGUGCAUUCCUUCCUCGUCUCUGACUUCAAUGAAUUCUUUUUUCAAAGAGAUGUACACGCGAGAAAUCGAAGAAGAUGCGGCGUUGGCGGAGCUGUACGUACACCACAGCAGCAGCAGGAAGAACACCAGCCUGAGGCCUUCCCGUCGCAUUCGGGGGGUCAUAACUGCUUUUUAUACAACUGAAGAGAAGCCAGCGGAGAAGAUUUUGCAUGCAGAUUCUGUCUGCGGUUUAGAAAUAUGUUUCCGUGUGGGUGUGGCUGUACACCUGAAUAAUUCUUCUGCCUCAGGCUCCAUUGCUCACGAAUUUACGGUGUAUAGACGGUGGAGUGUACGCACUUUCCUUUCUCUUCGUCGCUUCUACUCUGAGAAUUACAGUGUAGAUGUAUUUGUUGAAAGAAGAACAGCCCGAGAAGGAGAAAGGAGACAGAUACUGUGCGCCCCCCAAUUCUUCCUCAGCUUGGGUCGGGACCCCUGCAGCAGCAGCAGCAACAGCAACAACAGCAACGGCAGUAGCAACAGCAACUGCAACAGCAACAGCAACAGGGACAGCACCUCAGGAUACAAUGACCCGUUUCUUCUCAACGGGUCGCCGCUGCCCCCCUCCCCCUCAACAGCAGAAGCAGCAACUGAUGCUGCUGCUCUUCCAUCUCCUCCUCAACGAAAACGCGGCAGACCCCGCAAAUUCCCGCGUCCAGAAGAAACAGCUGUGGCUGCAUCACAUGGUUUGUCUUUACAGCAGCAGCAGCACCAACUGCAGCAGCAGCAGCAGCAGCAGCGGGGGCCCCCGAAGGGGGCCCCCCAAGCAAACUACAGAAAGUACGGCACCACAGUGCAUGCAUUUGGAGCAAAGUUUUACGUCGAGAGAAGUGAAUUAUCUUCUCCGGAUUCAGAUGGCGGGAAUAUGUUUGAAGAAACAAAAGCAGAAGAUGCAGCAGAAGAUGCAGCUGAAGAUGCAGAAGACGAAGCUAACUUCAUUCGCACGCGAGCAAAGGUAUUGGCGAGGAAAAACAAAAGAAAAAAAGCAGAGGAGAGACAACAACUGCCCAGUACCCUCCCCCUCUUGGGGGGCCCUGGGGGCCCCCUGCGGGGCCCUUUGCUGGCUUCAGUCUGCGAGCGUUUUGCUGCUGAGAGCAGCAGCAGAUCCAGCGAGGUUGGUGAGCAGCAGCAGCAGCAACAGCAGCAGCACGAACGGAAGCAUCCGCCAUUGCAGCAGCCACAGCGAGAGGAGCAGCAGGCGCAGGAGCAGCAGCACCAGCAUCAGCAGCAGCAGCAUGAAGGACGUCAAGAGGAGGGCCUUUUAUCUCCUUGCGGUUCUGUAGCAUCUGGGGCUGGGGAGUUUCUGUCUCCUGCUUUAACUUCAUUUUCUCUAGGCCCUCAUUUAAAUGCUGAGCCCCGCGAGGCGAUGGAGAAAGUGCUGCUGCCGUACUAUCGCCGUUGUUUGCAGCUGCUGCUGUCGGGGUUGCUGGGGUGUCUCGCCACCAUCCCCUACACCGCAGAGGCCCUCCUAGAGCGCCAGCGCGCAAUUGGGCAUUGCCUUCUUGCUGCUGCUUCUCCUUAUCUCAGCCUCGCUGAGUUGCAAACCCUAAUAAACCCAUUUGCUCGGUGCGUCAGAACACGCGCAGCGCCAAACGAGCUGGAGAUACACCUGCAGCAGGAGCUUGUAGAGGAUGUAUUGCAUCUCUCUCGCUUCCUCGGGCAACCAGCAGCAGCAGCAGCAGCUGCUGCUGCAGCGGCAGCGGCUGCUGCUGCUGCUGCAGAAACGGAAGCAUCAGCAGCGGCAACAGCAGCAACAGGAACUCCAGCAGCAGCAACUGCUGCUGCAGCGGCAGCGCAACACAAGAACCCACUCCCUAUAGAGGGAGAGAAAAGACAGAGACAAAUGGAGGUGCACAAGGAAUAA